AUGGCAGUUGGAGUUUUUGCUGUUGGUGGUAUGAUUGGAGGAAAUUUGGUUGGAAUUGUUGCUACAAAACUUGGACGUAAACGUGCACUUUUGUACAACAACGCUUUAGCUAUAAUCGCUGGGGCUUUAAUGGCGGGAGCUAAAUUUUGUGGGAAAUUAUUGGCUUUUUAUUUUUGGCCGUCUUAUCGUUGGAAUAAAUGCUGGUGA